AGUCCCAACUCGAACAAAACUGCCGCUCUUGCUCCUGCUAACAAUGUCUCUUCUUCCCUCCAGGAUCUUCCCUCUCCAUGUCCAACAUCUGAUUCCUAUCCCUAGAAUCCCUCAUCGCCACCAUAUGCUUCCUUACCCUCGUCCCCUAGCAUUGCGAGUUCUCUGCUCCAGGAGGUCCGGCAAGCAGCGGUACCCGUCGGAGAAGAAGAAGCUCAAGUAUAAGCUCAAGGAGAACCGAAUCCAGGACGAGGAGGACAAGUACGAUGGAAUCUGGAGGCUCUCCAACCUCGGCGUUCCGGUUCACAGGGAUCCCGGGAAGGACUUUCUUGGCGUCUCGGAUGGUUUGCUUGCAGCGAUUGCCAAAGUGCUCAAGUUUCCGGUGGCUUCGAUGCUGCCAAUGGAUGCUUUCACCGUUGUUCGGAAAUCUUUUGAUGCCAGGAAGCUGUCGAAGGAGCCAAGAUUUGUAUAUACUGUGGAUAUAGAUGUCAGAAAACUCCUGAGUUUAGAGCCUCGUACAUGGGAUUUCAUUUAUCGACUGAAGCCUAAAGUUGGGCUAGUAGAACAUAUGCCUAAUGAAAGAGUUUCUGGUGAUUUGAUUAGUAUAAUAGAUGAUGUCAAAAAGAACCACCAAGGUUCACCAACAAGAGAAAAUGGAUCCAACAUUGGUUUUGGGUCAGAGAAAUCAUACAAGUGCUCAACGACCAGAAAGCCAAAAAUUGCAGUUGUUGGCAGUGGACCCUCUGGCCUCUUUGCUUCACUUGUUCUUGCAGAACUUGGUGCUGACGUUACCUUAAUAGAAAGAGGCCAAGCAGUGGAACAAAGAGGGCGUGACAUUGGUGCUUUAAUUGUCCGUCGUGUUCUGCAAAUGGAAAGCAAUUUUUGCUUUGGGGAGGGUGGUGCAGGUACCUGGAGUGAUGGUAAACUGGUAACUAGAAUUGGAAGAAACAGUGGCAGUGUUCUGGCGGUUAUGAAAACUUUGGUUCACUUUGGAGCUCCAAAAAAUAUCCUUGUGGAUGGUAGGCCUCACUUGGGAACAGAUAGAUUGAUUCCUUUGCUUCGUAACUUUCGGAAACAUCUACAAGCAUUGGGGGUCACUAUCAAGUUUGGGACCAGGGUUGACGAUCUGCUUGUAGAGGGUGAACGUGUUGUGGGGGUGAAAGUUUCUGAUUCAAGUGACAAAUUGCAGUCCAAUAGCCAGAAGUUGAGAUAUGAUGGUGUUGUUUUGGCUGUUGGGCAUUCUGCACGUGAUAUAUACCAGAUGCUUCUUUCUCACAAUAUGGUGUUGGUCCCAAAAGAUUUUGCUGUUGGUUUGCGGAUUGAGCACCCUCAAGAGCUAAUAAAUAGAAUACAGUAUUCUGCAUUGGCCACUGAGGUUUGUAAAGGACGUGGAAAAGUGCCGGUGGCAGAUUACAAGGUCGUCAAGUAUGUUUAUGGAGAGGAUGGUGACCCACGUUCCAAUUCAGGGGCAAUAAGUUGCAGCUGCUACUCCUUCUGCAUGUGUCCUGGUGGACAGGUAGUUCUUACUAGUACAAAUCCAUCUGAACUAUGCAUCAAUGGCAUGUCUUUCUCUCGACGUGCUUCAAAGUGGGCAAAUGCUGCACUUGUUGUUUCCGUCUCAUCAAAGGAUUUUGAUGCACUAAGUUUCAACGGACCUCUUGCAGGGGUGGAAUUUCAGAGGGAAUUUGAGCGAAGAGCAGCUAUAAUGGGUGGGGGAAAUUUUGUGGUGCCUGUGCAGACAGUUACUGAUUUUUUGGAAAACAAGCUAUCAGUGACAUCUGUGCCACCAUCAAGUUAUCGAUUAGGAGUGAAGGCAGCGAAUCUCCACGAGCUAUUUCCAAUUCAUAUUACAGAGGCUUUGCAGUAUUCCAUCUCAGCAUUCGACAGAGAGUUGCCAGGAUUCAUAUCCAGUGAGGCCCUUCUCCAUGGAGUGGAGACUAGAACCAGCUCUCCCAUCCAGAUUCCACGCGACAUUGACACAUACGAGAGUACAUCAUUGAAAGGACUCUAUCCAGUUGGUGAAGGAGCAGGUUAUGCUGGAGGGAUUGUAAGUGCGGCAGUUGAUGGCUUGUAUGCAGGUUUUGCUGUGGCAAGAAAUUUUGGUUUGUAUGAUGAGAGCAUAGAGAACAUUUUGGGAAAGGCUCAGAGCGCAGGACUAGUGAAGUACUAGGAUCUAUUCAGCCCAUUUGGUUGUUUCACCAUUAAACAAUGCAAGCCACCUGAACAGGCUCAAUUAUCUACAUGGUUUCCACAGCCAAAUAUAGCUCUAGUGAUUGGAUGAUCCUGAACUCUGCAGUUUGCAUCCUACGGUCAUACCUGGAAGCAAAGUCGAGGAAUAAUGUCUGUUUGUGUCGAUUAGACAUUCCUACAUCGUUUGCUUGACUAUUAUAAAGCAGUCAACUGUCUCUGUGAUCUUUUGGUUUUGGUAGGGCAGUUUACUGUAUAAUUUGCUUCCAGUCUGCUGCUGAAGUGGAUCCUAGGGUCGGCCGCCGAUCACUUUGUUGAUGCAACCAUAGUCUAACCUUGGGGAAGUCCCAUAGCAGGGGCAACAUCUCAAGCGACCAGGACUUGUAAAUAAAUUUUGUAAAAUUAGCCCUUGUUAUUUACAGUUGAUCAGAACAUUAAUUACUUAAAUUGAGCAAGUGACAUUUAAUCAUGGACAUAUAUUUGUCAUAUAGAAACCUUGAGCGGUACUCAUUAUAUCAAGGUAAAGUUCUGCCCA